CUUUGGAGACCUGAAAUCCUUCACGGGUGUGUAGAUUGGCUGUGUCAACGUCGAAUUUUAAGUACAAAGACUAUAAAUACGAAUUCUACUGACAUAAUGUGCUCAAGGGUUAGCCUCAUGCCAGCCAGAUUAGCUAUGCCGGGAUAGCCGAUCCUCCCACAUAAGUCACUCGAGCCAAAAAUUCGAAUUUGAUUGGGCUGUGACAUCAUUUUUAAUUCGCCUGCGACAUCAAUUUUUAAUUGGCUGCGACAGUGCUUUUUGGAUUCACUUUAUCUUUUUGCUGGAAUAUAUAAUCUGGCAAAAUGAUGAAAGGAUUGAAAGGAGUUCUUUCUAGAAGUAAAUCACAUAAAGAAACUAAAACAUCUUCCAGACAACAUCCCACGGGUAAAUCACGGUCCACACCAACACGGUCUUCAAAUGCCUCACCAACUAAAGCACAAGCACCAGAAGCAACAAUUCCUACAAAUGUUCCUGCUACACUAACAGAUGACAUUGUACCUGUUGUAGCAAGUAGUAGUAAUAACCAACAUCUUACUUCUCGUGGUAGCGCUCGAUCCGCCGAGGUUACAAACAAAAUAUUGAAAGAUACUCCCAAAGACACUCUCCCUGCCUUAAGAACUCCUCGUCGUCAACGUUCCUCCAGAAUUUAUGUAACCCGUGAAAAGGCAGAGCUUGAAAAAAGCCCUCAUUUUAAUGACGUGCCGCCCUCAAAACGACAGGAACUAUUUGUCAUCAAGUUGAUUCAAUGCCAAGUAUUGUUCGAUUUCAAUGAUCCAUCUUCUGAUUUAAGAAAUAAGGAAAUCAAAAGACAAGAGCUUCAAGAGAUGCUGGAAUAUGUUGCAACUGUAAGAGGCGCAAUCUCGGACAUGAUUUAUCCUGAUGUCAUUCGCAUGUUCACAGUAAAUACGUUUCGUACAAUAUCGCCACAAACAUCAGCAGUAAAUGAAGGAUAUGAUCCCGAAGAAGAUGAACCCGCACUAGAAACUGCCUGGCCACACCUUCAACUUGUUUAUGAAUUCUUUUUGAGAUUUGUCGAAUCACAAGAUUUCAACUUCCAAAUAGCUAGAAAACAUAUUGACCAAAGGUUUAUACUUCAACUGCUUGAACUAUUUGAUAGUGAGGAUCCCCGAGAAAGAGACUUCUUAAAAACAACACUUCAUCGCAUCUAUGGAAAGUUCCUGAAUCUUAGAGCAUUUAUUCGUAGAUCUAUCAACAAUAUAUUUUUUCAGUUCAUUUACGAAACUGAACAUUUCAAUGGUGUUGCAGAGCUGCUGGAGAUCCUUGGAAGCAUCAUUAAUGGGUUUGCAUUACCAUUGAAAAAGGAACACAAGACCUUUCUAUUUAAAGUACUUGUGCCUCUCCAUAAACCAGCCUCAUUAGCUACUUAUAGUCCACAAUUAACAUAUUGUGUAGUGCAAUUUUUAGAAAAAGAUCCCGAUCUCGUUCCUGGUGUAAUUCAAGGAUUAAUGCGUUACUGGCCUAAAGUAAAUAGUGCAAAAGAGGUUAUAUUCUUGACAGAAUUCGAGGAAAUCUUGGAUGUGAUUGAAGCCCCAGAAUUUGAAAUUGUCAUGGUUCCCUUCUUCCAAAAAUUGGCUCAAUGUGUUUCUAGUCCUCAUUUCCAGGUUGCAGAGCGGGCUCUGUACUUUUAUAAUUAUGAAGACGUAAUCCAUAUUAUAAAUGACAACCUCGAGGUGGUUAUGCCUAUCAUCUUCCCAUCAUUAUAUAAGCAUUCGAAGGAGCACUGGAAUAGAACAAUUCAUGGCCUUGUUUACAAUGCUCUUCAGUUACUCAUGAAACUUGAUGAUGAACUCUUUACAAAAUACGUGGAUAAAUACAAGCAAGAAGAGUUAAGGUAAUACGAUUUGCCAAUCACACCAGACCUGUGUUAAUUACUUCAUGAUAGUGAUUCCAAGAAAAAGUCGGAUAGUGAUAGAAUAAUAGCAUGGAAAAAAAUAGAAACACAGGCAUUGUUGCAGCAAAAUACCUCAUUAAUAGACGAAAAAGAAUUGGU